UCGGGAACUACUCGCGUUGGACGUCUGGAUGACGAUGCUCCCGCUGAUAUUCGAUUGAGCGGUGAAAAUAUUCUUCCGCAGCACUGUUAUUUCGAAAACAAAGAUGGCGUAGUCACGUUGCAUCCUACAAACGGCAGCUUAACUAUGGUAAAUGGAAUAAGGAUUAACAAACCGAAGAAAUUAAGAUCCGGUUUCCGCGUUAUUCUGGGCGACUUUCAUAUAUUCCGAUUUAAUAAUCCAGACGAAGUAAGACGAGAACGCGCCAAGACGAAAUUAAGCAUUAGUUUGCCAUACAAUAGUGAGGAUAUACCGAGAGCGGAUAUACCGAGAGCGGACACACCGAGAGCGGACACACCGAGAGCGGAUCCACCUACGUCCACUGCUUCGCAUAUGUCUGAGGCGGUAAUCGACUGGAACUAUGCCAAGAAGGAAACAGCAUUAAAUUACAUGACUCUUGGACCUGAAGUAGUUGGAAAUUUACCCGAUGAAGACUUACAGAGACUUGCAGAAGACAUCAAGAAAAUUCAAGUUGGUCGAAGAG